AUGACUAAUGAACAAAAGACUGGGCUGCCGGAAGUGGGCAUUCAGCUGCCGGAGACAAAGGUGACAGUGGCUGAGGAAAGCAUAAUGAACGGUCCGACCCCAGAUCGUCAGAGAAUUGUUCACCGGAAAAGUGAGGUCAUGCAUGUCGUUUUAAGACUGCUCUGUCUUUUAACAUGUGUCACAUCUGUCUCCGUAAUGGUCACUGCCAAACAAGCUUCUACCAUUUCUCUCUAUGGCUUUAGCAUCCCUGUGUUCUCCAAGUGGUCCUUCUCUGAUUCUUUUGAGUACUUAGUAGGAGUUUCAGCAGCUGUAGCCGUUUAUUCGUUGCUUCAACUACUCAUUAACACGUCGAGGAUACUGCGAAAAUCUCUUGUGAUUCCUUCGAGAAAUCACGCAUGGCUCGUUUUUGCUGCGGAUCAGAUAUUUGCAUAUGCUAUGAUGAGUGCUGGAUCAGCUGCAUCUGGCGUCACGAACCUGAACCGUACAGGGAUCCAACAUUCUUCUCUGCCAAAUUUUUGUAAACCAUUGCGUAUUUUCUGCAAUCGAGUGGCUGUAUCCAUAGCCUUCACGUUUUUCAGCUUCUUCUUGCUAGCCUUGACAGCAGUACUUGAUGUAGUUUGGUUGUCCAAGAACUAA